AUUCAUGUUUCUUUUGUUAUUUGAUAUCUAUACAUACGAUAUAUUUUAAUUAAAUAUAAAAAACAGAGUUCAAUAAUUUUCUUGGUAGAUAUUUGAAAAUCUUCUUAUACCCAAAAGAUACUAUAUCAAGUGUUUAUACCAACGCCUGCGCGUUGUAAUAUUUUCGGAUACAUGUGUACCUAGUAUUACAAAAUGAUUUACAUAAGAAAAAACUGAAUAUGAAUACAUAGUUAUGAUACUUUCGUUAAAGUGAUCAUAUCUUUAAUUAUGGCUAUGGCUAACCAAGAUGCAAAUAAUAAUAACCUUGCUUUGAGGGAAAAUUUAGUAAAAACAGCAGUAGAAUUUUUACAAAAUCCUAAAGUACAAAGUAGCCCUAUUGGACGUAAAGAAGAAUUUCUUCAAAAAAAGGGUUUAACAGAGGAAGAAAUUAAAAGAGCAUUUAAAUUAGCUUCUAUUGACAUAACGAUUGAUCAAAAUGUUGUUCGUAAUUCAAAUGAUUAUACAGUGGUCCCUAUCCCACCGAGACAAAUGUAUCCAUAUUUUCAAACAUACCCAUACCAAAUAACUCUUUUCCAAAGAAUUAAAGAAUUCUUCAAUGCUACGGCUUUAAUUGGAGCUACUAUAUAUUGCAUUUAUUGGUUUUACAAGAAAUUUAUUGAACCAUUUCUAUUUGGCCGGAGAAAGAAGGAUAGCGUAAAGGAUUCAGUUACUGAGUUAGACAAAACUAUUCAAAAUUCCAUGAAAGAAGUAAAAGAAUCUAUUUCUAAAGUUGAGGGAGAUGUCCAAAAGUUGACACAGAAUCGAUCUAUGGACCCAAUGGUACCUCAAUUGGUACAAGAAUUGAAACAAGAUUUAGCUAGUCUCAAAUCUUUACUUUUGUCAAGAAAACAAUUUCCAAGUGCGCCAGCAUCAGUACCAUCUAUAUCUAUACCAACAUGGCAAUUAGAUGCUGCAGGUACAAGUCAGGAAAAAUCAACUGAACGAGAAGAUGAUGCUGGAAGUGGAAGUAGCGCUAAUAAUUCAGAUAGUUCUCUGGAAAUGAUUCGCGAAGAUCCGCCUAAGGUGUAAAUUCAAGAUAAUUCAUAAACAUUCACUUCCACCAUAACAGUCUUCAAUGUACAGAAUAUUCUGUGAUGUCUAUUAAAAGAAAUAGAUGAUUUUAAUCACGUGUAAUAUAUAUUAAGAUUCGAACUUUUACUCUUAUUAUAUUACCGAUUCAACUUUUAUUUUGACCAAUUCUGUGUUGA